AUGGUUUGGAGAAGAAUGAAAUUCACAAAAUUAGAUCGCAUCAUCGAUUAUUUGUUUACAAAAUUCAUGCGGAACAAAGGUUGUUGUAUGUGUCUACUUUUAUUAUUCUUACAAUCCUUAUUGAUCAUUCAUUUACAAAGAAAGUAUGAUGCUCUCUACUCUCUUGCUACUAUUCCACACAUAGACACAUUUUGGCAUUCAAAUAAUGAUGUGUCGAUUAUUGUUCCACGACAGCGCACUCUGGUGAAAUUCGAUCGUAGCUUUAUCAUUGUUACAGCAUGUGCUCGAGAUGUGGCUAAAUUUUUACCAGAAUUUCGACGAAACAUUGAAGAUAUUGUCUCGAUCUUUGAGGACUAUCGAGUACUUAUUGGUGAAUCUGAUUCUAAAGAUGCUACGCGAGAAUAUCUAACAAAGUGGUCAGUGAAAAAUCCGAAAAUUCAGCUUUAUACUUAUGGGAAUUUAACGAGAACAUUUUCAACGCGACGAACGGAUCGAAUCGCUUAUUGUCGAAAUCAUCUGCUGACUACUGCUCGCGAAAAGCAAUGGAUUCCACGUGCGCAAUUUCUACUUGUUGUUGACAUUGAUGUUAAUGGAAAUUCUAUUCUUUCUACUGACAAGUUUCUGACAAAUUUUCGUUAUAAUUUAAAUCAAUGGGGAGCAAUGACAGCAUCUCAAACUCAUCUAUACUAUGAUAUCUGGGCACUGCGAUCAUCCAUCGUCGAUUAUGAUUGUUGGAAGGCAGUAAACAAGUAUCCGCGAAAUUCAGAUAUUGCUCAGAAAAUAUUUAUUGAUGUUCAUCGAAAGCCUAUCCCUAAAAAUCAUCCACUUAUACCGGUCCAGUCAGCUUUUGGCGGCUUUGCGGUAUAUCAAACACGAUACUUACAAGAUUGUCGAUAUGAUUCAUUCGAUGCUGAAUUCAGCUAUGGUAAAUGCGAGCAUGUGAUAUUCAAUGAAUGUGUUAGUCGAAAUGGAGGAAGGAUAUUUGUCAACCCUGCAUUUCAAAAUUCUGAUGGAUUGUUGUGA